AUGAAGUCAGCAUUUGGCAGUAAAAGAAAAGCCCGGAAGAUACAGGUGGAGGACGACGAAGAGGACCAAGGCGCAAAGAACUCGGAGUCUGUACAGGACGAGUCUGUAUCUUCAACCCCUAUUGUUGUAAAUCUUAGCCGGAAAGGAUUCAAGAAAUCGGGGUUGCGACAGAGUAUCGCAUUUGAUGAUUUAGAACAUGCAGACGAGCAAACUCGCGGGAGUGGGAAUGAGGGCGCUCAGAACCCCAACAAACCUACAAUUGGUCGAUCAAACUCGCUCAUGAAGAAGAAAAAGAAAGCUACUUCAAGACUAUCCUUCGGACCAGGUGAAAUCAUCUCAGGAGAUGCCGCGGCAGCGUUAGAGGACGAUGAGGCUUUCACCCCCAAAAAGCCUACACUGGGCCGCCGAGUUGUGGAAGGGAACGCUUUACGAACAACAAUACCUUUUCCGAACAGACCUGGAGACGACGACGAAGAGCGCCCGACUUAUAGCAAGGAUUAUCUCAAUGAAUUGAAAAGUUCUACCCCCAAUAGACCGACGGAAAUACAGGAUUACCAGGCAACAGCCGAAGACGAAGAAGGUCUAGAUGCCUCAGAACUAGAAGGGGCUACGGUCAUAGAUUUAGAUGCACCUGUGGCACAUAUACCCACAGAUGCGGAAAUCCGCGAGAAGAAAGAAAGGAGGGCACGCUUGGCACAUGAGAAGGACUUCAUAUCACUUAAUGAUUCUGGCGAUGAUCGGCGGCAACUCUCGCUGCUGCCCCGAAAGAAGACUGAAACCCGCUUGGUGAGGGACGAUGAGGAUAUUGCGGAAGGGUUUGACGAGUUUGUCGAUGAUGGUCGAAUAGCAUUAGGUAAGAAGCAGGAGCGCGAGGCUCGACGUAAACAUCGGAAGGAGAUUGCAGAUAUGAUAUACAAAGCAGAAGGUAGUGAAGAGGGGGAUUCGGAUGACUCCGAGGAAGAGCGUAACGCAGCGUACGAAGCUGCUCAGACCAGGGCGGGAAUGGAUGGACUACAUAGACCGGACGAAGAAGAGAAAGCUGCUGCUGCUCAGGUCCCUCCAAAAAUCACGCCGCUUCCUGUCUUAACGGAAUGUCUCGUACGGUUACAAUCAACUUUAAGUGCUAUGCAGCAGGAGCUGGCCAACAAGCACCAAAAAGUAGCGAGGUUGGAAAAGGAGAAAACAGAAAUACUAGCGAGAGAGGCAGAGGUUCAAGAAUUGUUAAAACAGUCUGGUGAACGGUUUGCAGCGUUAAAAGCUGACUCCAAUGGCGCCGUCGCGGAUCCCUCUGCAUUAGUUGAGGCGGCGAAAAGGGAUGGUACUACCAAAAUGGAAGUUGAUAGAGGAUUGGAAAGUUUCGGCAAUACACCUACAGUCAGACCCAAUAUCGAAGAUGUGGGCUGA